ACAAAAAUGUGAGGAAUGCAUGGAUAUAUUGAACAGACUGGAAUACUGGGUUACAACUUCCUUAUUGCUUUCACACUGAAAAGUUAUAAAAAGUUUUCUCAUACAAUAAAAGUAAGUGAUAUUAACUGUUUAAAGAUACAAAAAUACUUCUAUAUUGACCUCUAGAUAUAACAAUAUUUCUGUAAUUGGUUUUCCACCAAUAGAGUAAUGUUUAUUCAUAGUUUAGAAGAGGAAUUAUGGUAGUAUAAAAACAAGGAAGUGAAUACGUUAGCCAGACUUACAAACUUUGCUUUAAUUUCAAAAUAUAAACUUGAGUGUGAACUGACUUUUUCCUAUAAGUAGAUCUGUGUUGAGUCCUUUUUCCAGUUCCAACAUGAGGAAUAUGAAAGAGAAAGAUAUUCUUUACAGGUAUCAUAAGUUAAUCAUAUAUGAAGCAGUGAUAUUUUUAUGAGUGGAUAUACAUGUAUCAGUAAUUACCCAUCAUCAUGGCUAAUGAAAACCUUUAUGAAGACUUCAAUGACCCUACAACGAAUGAUCAGACAUUAAAUGAAAAUUCACCAAGUUGGUAUUGGGGUCAAAUGUCAAAGGCUGAGGUCAAAGAACAGCUGCAAGACCUACCAGAUGGUUCAUUUCUGGUGAGAGAUGCUUCCACACCAGGGGACUUCACUCUUACCAUCAAGAAGGGAGGAGUUAAUAAACUUGUGAAAAUAUAUCAUAAAAUGGGAUUAUAUGGGUUUGCUGAGCCCUAUGACUUUGGUUCUCUGGAAGAUCUGAUUCAGUUUUAUAGAGAUAAUUCUCUGUGUAAAUACAAUGCUAAACUAGAUAUAAAACUGUUGUAUCCGGUGGAACAUUGCAAGAGAGAUUCGUAUGGAGAUGAUGUGGCUAAGAAGAAAGCAGACUAUAGAGAGUUGGUAGAAAACUUACGUCUUGCUGAAUGUAAUCUUGAAAAUCUAUUUGAGGAAAAGUCAAACCUACAGGACACUCUUCAGGAAAAAGAACUCCUUGAGGAAAGUCUUAAGGCAACAAUAUUUAUCUAUGAUGAGCAGGUUAAACUUCACAGAGAGUUCCACGGGAAUGUGGCAGCAGUAGAUAUUGAAAGACUAAGAGAGAAUUAUAAUGCAUUGUUGGCACGGCUAGAGGAGAUAGGGGAUAUAAGGGAUACGGUCAUCCAGGAAAUUGGUAAAAUAAUGCAGGAAAACCGAAGUCUCAUGGGAGAAAUAUCUGAACUGAAGGCAGAAGUCAAAAAACUUGCAAGAGAUAAGGCAAAGAGAAAAAGGUGGUUAGUUGAUACCAACACUUUACCACAUGCAGUUGAAGAUACAUGGAUGGUUGGUUCAUGUGACAGAAAGGAGUGCAACGCACAUUUAGAAAAUAGAGUACCAGGGACAUUUCUUAUCCGCAAAUCAGAGAAAGAUAAAAAAACAUCAUAUGUUCUUUCUAUAGUGGACACAAGCCGCAUUGUACAUAUUAAAAUACUUCAGAAGGAAACAGGUUUUGGGUUAUCAGAGAGAGUAUGUAAUCAUCCAUCACUGAUGGACCUUGUUCUUCACUAUGAGAGUGUAUCAAUAGCAGAACAUAAUACCAGUGUUGAUAUAACACUAAGAUAUCCUGUCAGGAGUAAAGAUAUUGAAAACUUCUAUGAGGCAGAGCCAAUCUAUGGUUUAUAAUGCAAGAAACUACUGAGAAAUCAGAGUAAAUAAAUGUGGUUAAUAAUGCAAGAAACAACCAAGAUGUCAAUUGUUAGUUUCACUUUAAUAAUUCAUGUAUAUUGUUUAUAAUGCAAAAAGAAACAGAGAGAGUCAAUCUUCAGUUAUAAUUGCAAUACUGGUUGGAGAGAUAACUCCGACACUAAAUCACAUACUUUUUGUAAUAUCUUAAUUAUCGUCCUGCAUAUUUUAAAUAUUGAACCACCUAAAUAAAGUUCAGUUCAAAGACUUUACAUUUCACUACAAAAAUUAUGUAUGAAAGUGGGAAUUGGUACUUCUUUAAGGUCCUAAAUGGGGUAUACAAAACAUGGUCUUUUUACCCCUAAACAGUAGAUAAAGACGACACUUAAAGUUUUAAGUAAAAAAUGACAGGAAAAUCAGCAUCAUUAAUUUAUUUUUACAUCUUUUAUGUUUUAUCUAUUUUUUGUUGAUGUAAAAACAAGUUUUCAAAAAUAUUUCCCAAGUCAGUGGCCUGUGGUCAAUACAUUUCUAAUUACCUCAUUGUAAUUUAGUAAAAAGAAUGUUUUGAAGCAGUUUUUGCCAGCGAAAAGUUUCAGUUAAUUUAAAAAUAUUAAAAACUUUACUAACUUACACAAAAAAUCAUCACAUUCUGUCUUACUCCUAUACUACUAGGUGACCAUAUGCUUUUUUGUUGAAAAACAAAGUUAUAAAAAUUAUAUUUAUCAAGUGUCGGGGUUAUCUAUGCGUCGGAGUUAUCUCUCCGACCAGUAAACAAUUAUAAUUCAAGAAGCAACCAAUAGUUUAAACACAAUGGAGAAACUAAUGAAGAAAUAGAUAUUUCCCUUACCUACUUAGAGACAGGGAAUUAAAAAUUUAGAAUUUAUUAUACAACAUUGCUAUUAUAUCAAAAAGUGUGAGAAAGAUCAGGAUAUACUGUUUUAUUUGUUAAAGUACUUAUAUUAUUAGUUAUAAAGAUCGUUGACAGGUUAUAUGGCCCUAUAUAAACGGCUAUUUGUAAAUAUAACCCGAGCCGUUAGGCGAGGGUUAUAUUGCAAACAGCCAUUUAUAUACGGCCAUAUAACCUGUCAACAAUCUUUAUAACGAAUUUAUAAUACAGCAAGCAUCAUUUUUAGAGAAAAAAUUAAGAUUUCCUCAUGAAUCGACAGCAGCCGUGUAUAUAAAACUAUAUAAACGUCACGAUUAUCCAAUGAAAAAUGACGUUACAAACGUGCAGUAUUAUAAAAAUAAUAAAUAUGGCCAUAUCAUAUGAUAUAAUUCUGUAUACAACAGUUACAUAAGAAGGACAUGGAAAUGUAAUAUAUUGCAUGUAUAAUUGAUACAUAUAUAUUUAGUACUUUACAAGUAGUGACCAACAAGGUCUUUUAAAACGGAAUAAAGAUGCUGCUUUUAUUAUGUUUUUAAGAAAGUUAAUUAUGCCAAUAUUUUGCAAAAUUGUGUAUACAUGUGUAUUAAUUAUGCUUUUUGAUUUGCAAAUACAAAAAUGUACGUAAUUCAACUUGCCAAUACUUUUUUUUGGGUGAAUUUAUGUAUUUAGUGAUGCAUAUAUUUCAGAUAUUAUUUUAAGAUAUUAUUUAUUAUGUUCCAUGAUCUUCACUUAAAUUUCUAAUGUAUUAAACAGCUGGAUUGCUAGGUGAUAUAAUAGCUACAAACUUAUUACAUGUAUUACGUAAUAUAUAACAUAACUUUUAUCAUAUUAUUAUAAAUCUAGGAUAGCAGACAUCAAACUUACAUAGAGGAUGUUCAGGCUUUUCUAUAAAUACAGGAUUUAUUUUCAUCAAGUGGUAUGAAAAUAAAUAUUUCAUAAGUGGUGGCAACCACAAGUGAAAUAUGAUAAUUUUGAGACCAAAAGACCCUUAUUUAUAGAAAAACUUGAAUUUUACAUUUAUGAUAUACUUUUUCACUUUUCUGACCAUACAAUUCGACACACUUCCCCUUUAAUUUUGUGUAUCGUGUGAAUUCAGAAGACACCUAUGAAAAUACAGAGAAGUGAAA